AUGCUCAAAUUUCUAUUACACAACAGUUUCUGCAUACAUCUUAUCCUUGUAAUUAUUUGGGACAAUGUUGAAAUGCAAACUACUGGGAAUACAACAUCGAAUCGUUUGGGCAGAUCAACAUCGUCCAUGAUUAACUUCAGCGGUCUACCAAUAACACGAUUAUAUGUAAGUAUACCAGAAGAAUUAACACCUGGCAGCCUUGUUCUAGACUUGAAUAAACAUCCUAAAAUAAGUAGUUUUUUAACUGAUCAGAAUGCUCUUGUAAUUUAUAACACUGGUUCAUAUCGAUAUAGACUGUUGAAUGCAUUUGAUAGUUAUUUAUUUCGUGUAGGAUCAAAAACUGGUAAAGUGACUGUCGCUACUCGACUAGACCGAGAAGCAUUAUGUUCAAGUUUAAAAGCUCAAUUUUGUUGUAAUACAAGAUCUGGUAGUAUACCACCUCCAAUUUCAAGUGAAUCUGACUGGAAACUUAGAUCAUCAGAAAAUAAUCCAAGUCAACAAUGUUAUUUAGUUGUACACAUCAGUUUACAACCUGACAGUGAAACGAAUCAAAAUAAUGACAUUUUUGUCAAUUCGCAUCAACAAGAUAAAUCCAGUCGAGCAGCUUUAAUUUACCUCUACAUACAUUUAGAAGACAUCAAUGAUCAUACACCACAGUUUCCAUCACAUUCGAUUGAUUUAAAUGUUAUGGAAGAUACACCAGUUGGAAGUGUUCUACACUAUUUUAGAAUAUCUGAUCCUGAUAUUGGUUCAAAUUCUUUGGAAUCAAUUAAUUUAACUGUUAUUCCAUUACCAAAUUUAUCAUCUGAUCAGUCGACGAAAUUACAACAAACAAAUUUUUUAAUACCUGACUUAUUAAGUAAACCAUUUGAAGUGAUACUGACUAGAGAAGGUGCAACAUUCAGUUUAAAAAAUCAAUUAGAUCGUGAAAUUGUUCCAGCUUAUGACGUUACGUUGAUUGCUUUAGAUGGAAACAAACAAAAUUCACGUUCAAGUCAAAUUGGUUUUCGUGUACAUGUAGCUGAUGUGAAUGAUAAUUCACCUAGAUGGUUGAAACAAAAACCAUUAAAUGAUGCACAAACUUCAAACUAUGAACAAGAAAUUAAUUUAGAAAUAGAAAAUGACUAUCCAAGAUUUCUUGUAUCUGUACCAGAAAACACUCAAAUAGGUGCUCUGAUUUUCUGGCUUCAAGCACGUGAUGCUGAUAUAGGUGAAAAUGCACGUCUUCAGUAUUUAAUUGAUACAAGUGCACCUGGUGGAUUGGUUGGAGCAGAUUAUUUAUCAGUUCAACCAAAUACUGGUGAAGUAAGAUUGAGAACUCAACUAGAUUAUGAAACAAUUUCUAUGCAAAUAAAUGGUCCUGAAAUUGAUAUCCCAGUAAUGGUACACGAUAAUCCACGAAAUGGUCGUCAGCUUUCAGCUAGAGCGAUGCUUGUAAUUAGAGUUUUGGAUGUAAACGAUGUGCAUCCUACUAUUAUUGCAACUCCUCUAGCUCCAAUAUUAUCCAGUGGCGGCUUUUUUCCUAACUUGAUUGAAAAUAAUCAUGUGACAUCUGUUUUUGGAAUAUGGGAAAAUCAACUACCUGGUCAACCAGUCGCCAGUAUUCAUGUUAGCGAUCCUGAUACUGGUGACGGUGGAGUUGUAGCCUGCACAAUUACCAAUGAAUACUUUCGCUUGGUAACAGAACCAUCAACAUCAAGGUUGCCUUAUGAAAACGUAUAUGAUACUACCAGUUCAGAUACAAUGAAACCUGGCUUUAAUGUACCAAAUGUAAUAGAAGCUUUAUCUGGAUCUGCUACGUAUCAGCUCAUUUCUGCACAACGCUUAGACAGAGAGACUACUGCUCGACAUCAAGUUCUACUAACUUGUCGAGAUCAUGAUACAGUAAAACCACUAGUGUUUACAUAUCGACUAGACAUUGAAGUAAUGGAUGAGAAUGACAACCCACCAGUUAUAGCAUCCGACAAACUUGUAUUAACGUGUCCAGAAAAUGCAUCACCUGGAAGAGUUAUUGGUCGAUUAAAUGUUACAGACGCCGACAUAGGUGAAAAUGCGCGGUUACGCUUUUGGAUUGAUGAAGCUGAUGUGAAUUGGAUUAGCAUACAGUCUAAUACUGGUGAAAUUCGAGUUAAUACUGUAUUUGACAGAGAAUUGGAGCCUGAACGUACAUUCACCGUUUAUGUAUCUGAUUCAGGUGUGAAUGCACAUACAGCUUCAGCUGAAAUCAAAAUUCAAAUUUUAGAUGAAAAUGACCACACACCACAUUUUACAGAUUUAUACUUUUUCUCUAUACCAGAAAAUAGUCCACCUGAUACAGAAGUUGGUCAAAUUCAUGCUGUAGAUGAGGAUAUUGGAGAUAAUGGAAAGGUUCAAUAUUUUCUUCGUCAACCAAGUAGAGAAUUUGAUUUGGAUAAAAAUACAGGCAAAUUAACUGUACGAAAAAAUGUAAUCGAUAUUGGCAAGCAUCAUUCAAAUGAAUUAUUUGGAAAAUUCGUAAGUUUAUUAGACCGUGAACAAAAAGACACUUAUGAAUUAACAGUAUAUGCUGAAGAUUCUGGUAACCCAUCAAGACGUGCAAAUACAGUUAUACAUAUUAGUAUAUCAGAUGUAAAUGAUCAUGCACCAGAAUUUCGUUAUCCUACACCUCAUGGUACUGGAAGUCUACUGAAUAUAUCAUGUGCACAAUUAGGAAGUCAAAUUAUAGCUCACGUACAUGCAAACGAUUCAGAUACAGGACGUAAUGGAGAUAUUGAAUACAGUAUUAUUCGUCAAAACAGUAGAACGCAACUGCAAAAAGUUAAACGUAGUGGUGAUGACGAUUUACUAACAGAUGUUCAGGAGAAAUCAAAAAACAAAGUAUCCAAAGAUAAAAAUUCUCAGUCAAAUCAUACAGACUCACCGGACCUGAAAGAAACUACAACUGUUCAGGAUGGCGUAAAUAAAACUGUGGAGACUAAAAAUAUUUCUAAUACAAGACAUGUCAAGUGGGCUCCAUUAUCCCAAGUACUAUUAGGUGGACCUACAGAAGAACAUUUUGAUAUUGAUAGUUACAGUGGCCAAUUAUUUUUAAUUCAUCCUAUAUUUGAUUGCAGCCAACCAGUUGAUGUAAAAUUAUUAAUACAAGCAACUGACGGUGGUCAACCAUCAAAAUCAUCUACAGCUCAACUAACAUUACAUAUUUAUCCAGUGACUAUGAAAAAUGAAUUAGAUAGUGAGAAUAACCAAAAUACUAAUAAUAAUAAUUUUAUGAGUGUUACAGAUAUUCGACGUAAUUUAGAUUUUAAUCGACGUAUAAGUAGCAAUACAAAUGCAUGGACAGAUCACAAAAGUUCAAGGCCAAUAUACCAACGAGCUGGGUUCAGUGUUUCGUCUUCUGGUAUGACAAGUAAUCACAGAAACAUGACUAAUUAUCAUUGGCCAGCUAUUGUUGGCUUGAUUGUAGCUAUGAUUGUUUUAGUACUGUUACUAUGUCUUAUGUUAAUUAUUUUAAGAAGAAGAUUUAUUAUGGAUACGAGAAAGUUGCCCAAUAAAGCGGAAUCAAAAGGGAAUAUGGAUGGAGACAAAUAUCAAACAAUGGUUGGUAUGACUAUUCGUUCAAAUGACACAAUGCAAGAUAUCUAUAACAGAAGUGGUUCACAGGUUGGACAACCAUUACAUGAAAUAGUGAAUAAUUCUCAUUCAACAUUCUCAACAAAAACUGUAACACCACAUCCUGUUGAAGAAUUUAACUGUUCACCAAUAAGUACCAUGGUAUUUGAUACGCAUCAUCAAUCAUUAGUUGGGAAUAAUUUUUUUCGUACUCUACCGAUUUCUUCGUCAACUUCAACAGCAAUAAUAUCAUCAACACCAGCUGUGGCAUUAAACACUGGAGAAGUAGCGUUAAUUCAUCAUGAUUCUAUGCCCAUAAAUAAUCGAAAUAAUAAAACUACAACAAAUAUUAACAAUGUAUGCAAUGCAGAACAAUUGCAAUCAAUUUAUAAAGGACAGAACAGUGAACUUUAUGGAUAUGUUGAUCCACAGCAACGAAGGAAAAAUAUCAUAUUACAAGGUAAUACUUACCAAACGUUACAAACGAGACAACACCCUAAUUUACAAAAUAUGUCAUCAUUUAGUAGAAUCAUAACUGGAGAUUUUACAAAUACUAAUAACAAUAAUAAUUACAUUAUCAACAACAGUAAUAAUGACGCACUGAAAAGAUCAAUGACUCAAUAUCAUCAUCAGUAUAAAAAUGGACAGUAUACACCAUUACUCGAUAUGAACAAUCAAAGGCAUAUGUUGGAGCGCUUACAUUUAUUACAAGCAUCACAACCAAACUUAUGCAUAGGUUUUAAAGGCGAUGGAGAUGAUGUCGAGGAUGAAGAAGAAGAGGGCAACAGUAAUGAUAUUGAAAGCAAUAUCAAUAACAAUAGUCUAAUCGCUGAUGAUUGUCAUUCCUUUGGUCAUAUCCACAAGAAAGAAUCAUUUACACGCCAAGAGAGAGCUUUUAGUUUGACUAAUUUGAUUCCACAAAAAGCAGAAAUCUUAUCAUUCAAUGAAUAUAAUAAUAAUAGUAAUAAUUUUGAUGAACACCGAAAUAAUAAUACUACUAAUCAUACAAAUGAAUAUCAUGAAUCGAAAAACUGCAUGAAAUAUGAAUCCUCUUCACCAUCAGUUAAUAAACUGAUACAGCAUGGAGAAAAAGCACAACACCGGCCACAACAUGAACGAAUAGUAUUGAUAAAUAAUAAAAUAAAUAGAGUAAAGCAAAAUACUAUACCAACAACACUGCCAUCAAUAAAUACAUCAACAUCGAAUACAAAUCAAUGUAUUACAUUGAAAUCCAGUCAGUCAAAACACACAACAGAUGAUAUUGCAAACAAUCCAAACUCAAUUACUACUAGUGGGAGUAAUAAUAAUUCUUAUUGUACUGUUAGUUUUGUUUGAUCCGGUCAAAUAGUGUAAAUAAGUACAUAGAGAAGAAACUAAACAAUGAAGAAAGGAGGAAUUACAGAAAUGAAAAGAUACAGCAGGUUUAUUUUUUUAGACACUACCGACCAUUAUCAACAUUUUCGUUUGAAACGCUGAUCAAUAGAUUCCUGUUUUACAUUUCAUAUAUAUAUAAAUAUAAAUAUAUAUAAAUAUAUAAAUAUAUAUAAAUAUAUAAAUAUAUAUAUAUAUAUAUAUACAUAUAUAUAUAUAUAAUAGUGCAUCGCCACAACUUUCAUGUGUAAAUAAGUGUGUGUAUAUGUAUAUGUUUGUGAUUGCUUCGAUCGAGUGACGAUAAAAGGAUGAAACUUUCUUUUUAUUAAUAUAUUAUAAACCCAUCGGUGCAAGUAAAUGCAAAUGAAAAAAAUAUUAUAUUUAAUUAUUUUACGUAGGAAAUAACAACACUGAGUGUAUGUACAUGAGCUAAAUUCAUCACUUCCCCCCAACCCAUUUUCAUAUACCUCGAUCACCAUUUCUUACAGAUUUUUUUGUGUAAGCAUUGAAAAACAAACACGAAUAUUAUCUCUGGGAAAAAUUUGUAAAUAUAUCAGGCGGAAAACAAACAGUGGGAAUAUAAAUUGAAAUAAUAUUUUGAUGAACAUUGAAUGACCUCAAGAUUUUAUAGAAUUUACGAGAAAAAAGAAUGACAUUCAGAUGAGAACGAAAUUAUGUGUGUGUGUGAAAUAGAGGAAAUCAGCCAAAAUUGAAUGUUUUAGUCUAGUCAUUUUGUUGAGCUGAUUUCUCUCUUUGUCUUCCUUUAAUCACAACAUACAAAUAAAUAAGAAAUAUACAAAUACAAGAACACUCUCUCUGUAAAUGUAGUUAUUCCAAAUUUUCUCUCAUUUGCCUCAAAUAAGAAAAACUAAUCUAUAUAUUUUAUGAUAAAAAAAACUAUACAAAUCACCAAGAAAUUCAAACAUAACAAUGUACACACAUCGAACACUUACCAAGCAUGGUGUUCAAGACAAACAGAUAUCACCACCAAUAUGCAUAAUUGUAUGUAAAUCCGUAUAUAUAUAUUAAUUAGCAAGAAAGCAUAUAGGUACCAACAUCCACACACCCGAUUGAAACAGUAAGACAACAGAAAAGUCGACGCUUUUUUUAAAGAAAAAUAACCAUAAUGAUUUUAUUGAUGAUGAUGACAAUAAUCAUGAAAAUAACUAUUAUUGUUUACAAACUAUUCUUCUCAUUAAUACCAUUAUUAAUAAUAAUUACUAUUACUGUUGUCUUUAUUAUUGUUGUAUUUAUAAAUUAGAAUUCGGUACAAGAUAUUUUUGACAGAAUGAGAAAAAAAAGAAAAAACAACACUAAAAUGAAAUUAUACAUAUGUAUAUUUGUUUUAUCAUUUAAAAUGAUAUUCCAUACAUUCUCUUUUUAUUUUAUUAAAUAUUAAUGAUAAAUUAUUCAAUUAGCUCUGUUAAUUGUUUUUAAAUUUUCUCAAUUUUUUUUAAAAAUAAUUUUUGUUUUAAAAAUCAGAUGGAGAUAUGUUGAAAUAAAACAAGAGGGAGGAAGAGAGAAAGAAAGAAAACGAGUACUAAAUAGAUACAAAAACACAAUAAAAAUAGAAGACAUAGUGAGAGUGGGUACAAGAAUAAACCAUCUUUAUCCGUUAAUUUAUAAAACAAAAAGGAAACAAAAAUAUGAUUUAUACAAGAAAAAUUGUUUUCCGAAUAUUAUUUAUCCAUUUAUUAUUUGAAAAGUAUUCAAUUAUAUGAUGUUGGAAAGGAAUUAUAGAUAGUAAUAUAGAAAUCUAUGUAUAUAAAAUAAACUAAAUAAAUAAAACCGGAUGGCACGAUUAUGAAUAAGACUUAACAAAGAACGAUUGUCUUAAUAAGUUAUAUAAUACAGAAAAAAUAUACGUGAUACUGAUAUAUAUAACGAUACGGUGUAUUUUUUUUUACUGAGUUCGCUUUGGAGGAUAUUCAAUCACCAAUAUAAUUAUCACAAUUAAAAAAGCCACAAUUAAAACGGCUACGAAUAUGCAACAACAUCUUCGAGAUCUUUGCUACAAGUAAACAAAAAAAAAACAGAUGAACAAUUAUAUUUAAAAGAAAUGGUUGUUUAUCAUGUUUAUUAUUAUUUUACAAAACAUUAAUCAGUUUUAUUUUUGCUAAGUUAUGGGGAAAACAAAACAAAUGCACUAAGUACUACAACAAAAAAAAACAGUUUAUGCAUUUGUGACACUUAGAACAUACUUAUUGCUGAUUUACUUUCAAUUUCAUUUUAAU